AUGCCUUCAUCUUUGGCUUAUGGUUCUGAAAAAGAAGAGUCUGUGAGUCCUGAGUCUGCUUUUGAAGAAUUGCUUUUUGGAGACACUAUAGCUAAAAUGCUGGAGUACUUUAAGUGGGAUUCUUCUCAAAUGUCUGAUAUGCCAAAAGAUAAUGUGAGCUACCCUGAAGUAAUCAACCUACGUCCUUACAUGUCUGACACCACAGGAGAUGCUAUCAAGUAUAGACUGUAUGCUGUGCUGGUCCAUGCAGGAUAUGACAGUAGUUCUGGGCAUUACUAUUGCUUUGUGAAGGGCAGCGAUGGGCAGUGGUACAAGAUGAAUGACUCUAAGGUGCAUCCUUGCAGUAUCAAGGUAGUGCUGAAGCAAGAGGCAUACAUGCUGUUCUACAGAAGAAUUCUAGACUCCAAGAGGUAUUUAGAAGCUUCCACCUCCAACAACUUCUCAUCAAACCCCAUAAAAACACAGCCUUUUCAAAAGUCAGAGAAGCAAAUAACACCAGAAAAUAAACACGCAUUUCCCCAAGUUAGAAAGGCCAACAAUGCACAGAAGGUGACAGGAAGUGAACAUCCCUCUUUAUCAUCACCAUCCUAUUCUUGUGGCAGUCCUACCUGUGCUACAGAGUUACACUAUCUCACCUCCUUGCCUCCUGCAACAAGAAUCAGAAUUCCAGUCUCCAAGAGGCAUUCAGAAGUUUCCACCUCCAACAACAUCUCAUCGAAACCGAUAAAAACUAAGCCUUUUCAAAAGGCAGAGAAGCGAGUAACAGCAGAAAAUAAACAUGCAUUUCCCCAAGUUAGAAAGGCCAACAAUGCACAGAAGGUGAGAGGAAGUGAACAUCCCUCUUCACUGUCACCAUCUUAUUCAUCUGGCAAUCCUACCUGUACGAAAGAGUUGCACCACCUCAUUCCCCUGCCCUCUGCAGCAAGAAGCAGAAUUACAGACUCCAAGACACAUUCAAAAGUUUCUACCUCCAACAAAAGCUCAUCAAAAGCCAUAAAAUCUGAGCCUUUUCAGAAGUCAAAGAAGCAAGUAACAGCAGAAAAUAAACGUGCAUUUCCCCAAGUUAGAAAGGCCAACAAUGCACAGAAAGUGACAGGAAGUGAACAUUCGUCUUUAUUGUUACCAUCCUAUUCAUCAGCCAGUCCUGCCUGUGCUACAGAGUUACACCAUCUCAUCCCCCCACCUUCUGCAGCAAGAAGCAGUCAUCCUGUGCGCAAAAACUCUCAGGCAGCAGAAAACAAAGGCACCACGGUGAGCUCCACAACCGUAAAGAAAACCAAAUAUCAACCAUGCAGGAUUAAAAAAGAGUUGAAAUCACCUUGUGAGAUAGCACACCUCUUGGAGAGACUAUAUAAGAGCAUAACUUUGAAAUGUUCUACUCGAAAAUCAAAUGUCCUAGAGAAGACCAGACGCCAAAUGAGCUCAGGCACUACCAUGAACUCCCUUCCCAUAAAGAAAAGAAAAUAUGAACUUCAUGAGUGUAGGAUGAAGGAAGAGUUGGAAGCACCUGGGAAGAACAGAAGUCAACUAAAGAGCUUAGAUAAAGGACUGACUUUGGAAUGUUCUGUUCUACAGCUAGAUGCCACAGAGAAGACUAGUCCUGCAGUGAUAACGUCAACAAACAGUGACUUUGCUCCAAACUCCCUUCCUAUAAAGAAAAGGAAAUAUAAAUAUUAUGAGUACUGGAUGAAACAAGAAUUGGAAUCAAACGAGAAGACAAGUCAACUAGGUAGCAUAGACAAAAGCAAGGCAUUGAAGUGUUCUGUUUCAGGGUCAGCUGUUCCAGAGAAGACCAAACACACAGUUGUAACUGAAAUAAACAGAACCAUUCCUCAGAACUGUCUUCCUAUAAAGAAAAGGAAAUAUGAGUAUUAUGAGUGCAGACAAAAAGAAGAGUUGGAAGCAGCCAAGAAUAUGACAAGUCACCUGGACAGCCUAGAUAAAACUGCAAUUUUGGAAUGCUCUGUUCAAGAGUUAGAUGUCCCAGAGAGCACCAAGCAUACAGUAUUAACUGAAACAAACACAGAGACUGCCCUGAACUCUAUUCUUAGAUUGCCUAUAAGGAAAAGGAAAUAUGAACAUCUUGAGAACAACUUUACAGAAGAGCUGGAAGCACCUGGGAAGAACAGAAGCCAGCUGGAGAGCCUCGACAACAGCAUGACUUUGGAAUGUUCUGUUCCAGAGUUUGACAUCCCAGUGAAGGCCAAACGCAGACGGAUAACCAAGGUGAAGAAAGUGAAAAAGUCCAGAGGGAAAAGGCAUUUCUUCUAGACGGGACUUAACAGAAAAAAGAUCCCUGGCUUACCCAGGAAAAUAUGUCAGCACAAGAUAACAGAUUUGAAAAGAUUUUGAUGAGUUUCUAAAAUACCACUUUGAAAAAAAAAAUAUCGGGACAUGAAUAUAGCCAGUCUUCAAUUUCAUGAACAAUUUUGGGACAUGAAUAGAUCAUCUUCAAUUUUGGGACAUGAUUACACCAAGUCUUCAAUUCCAUGAACUGUUACUUUUCCAAACAGCUGAUAAUUGUAUUUCUGGCAUAAAGUUACAUGUGCUCUCAGCUCCCCAGAAAUUAUUUUUUUAUGUUUAUUUUGUAUCAAAAUUGCAGGAUAACAAUAAAACACAUAACGGACAUCCCA